CGGGGUGAAAAUGCACCAUGGCAUGGGAGUGUCAGCGGGCGAUCGUCGUUGCGGCGAAAAUACGGCGAUGCAGCCCAGAAACGGGGUUUGCGACAAGAUCGAAAAUUACAUAUCCGAACUCGGACAAUGGUCGGUAUGGAGGGUGAUAAUAAUGGGACAAUUUUUGUCCCUGGUACUGUGCUUCAUGACCCUCGUAAAUCAUCACAUCAACGCCACGUAUCAACUCUUGCUUCCAACCGGACAAAAUCUUCCGCAUUACAUUAUGAUGUGCCUUGUAUACACAACCUGGAUGUCCUGCAGAGGUGUAGGAAACGGCCUAAUUUCAGUCAUAAGAGCCCGUGGAUGGAGAUACUUGCUGUUGGCACUCAUUGACGUCGAAGCAUGCACACUCAUAACAUCCUCGCAUCAAUUCACAAGCCUGGCUAGUAUACAGCUGCUCGAUUGUGUGGCUAUACCAGUUGCAUUGGGACUCUCGUGCUUGGUUCUCGGUGUGCGAUACCGAAUGGUGCACAUAGUCGGUGUCUCUGUUUGUCUGAUGGGUGUGGGGUGUUUGGUUUGGGCAGGAAUUGACGACAAUAAAGAUCCUGCGUCUACAGGAAAGAAUCAACUGGUUGGAGACAUGCUGUGUCUCGGUGGUGCAGUGUUGUUUUCUAUAACCACCGUGCUCCAGGAGUUGAUCGUUAAAACGGUGGAUAUUAUCGAAUAUCUGGGUAUGAUUGGUUUCUUCGGUACUAUACUGUGCUCCAUGCAAACAGCUGUGCUCGAAUGCACGAAGAUAGAAACAUUUCAAUGGAACAAUGCACCGGUGAUCACGUUCUUGGUGGUUUAUUGUAUCACGCAGUUUGUAUUCUUUUCUUUGGUGCCUGUUAUACUGUUCGAGUCAGGAGCUACGGCAUUGCAUCUAGCACUGUUGACUGCCGAUUAUUUCAACGUCUUAUUCGGCAUGCUGAUUCAUCAAUACAAGUUUCACGCAUUGUAUUUCGUCUCUUACACGCUCACAAUGACUGGUAUAUACAUCUACGCGAUAAAGAGAACACCGAUGGCGUCGACCGCCCGAAGACAACACGUCGAAUCUUCUGCUCCAGAUUACAGACACAUGUCACAUCCUGACGUUGGAGAAGUGGAGUUGGCGACCAGUUCAGGAAUGUCUGGGGUGAGUGGCACCCUAGAUGUAAGGGCUUCGACCCUUGGUAGCGAAAAGGAAACAAUGGAUGCGACCAGUUUACCACCGAGCGUUAGCUCAGACACGGCCUUCACCUCUUUUUACGGAAGUUAUUACGAUUAAAGGGAUAUCGCGAAGGAAACGCAUCGGAACGUGUAGAAAACGUAAAUUUACUACAAAUACGCUCUUGUUAAGAGAUUUAUACACGAAAAUUUCUAAUCGACAAAUACGAAAAUGUACUUUCGGUUUAUACAAUGUUAUAGAAGUAAGAAUAAAAAAUAUCUUCGUCGAACUAAGUUUGUAAUAAUCGGUCGUUUUUCUAAGAAAUUCGCCGUUUUAAUAUCAAUCGGUGGUGUAUGAAUGCAAUCUUCGUUGUUCAUUUAAAUGUUUAUCGAACUAUAAGUAUUAUAAAUCCUUGUUGCUCAACAUACUCUGUAAGUUACAAUACAGUACAACUUAUUGUUGCUAGAUUUAAGUAUCGAAGGACGUUAACUAAGAAUUUUUAUGAUUCAUUAGUUUUAUUUUCUUUUUAUGUGUGUAUUGUAUUAAAUUUACAUUAUA